AUGUUGCUCAGCAAAAAAAAUUUCCUCUGCUAUAUUUUAGCUUUUAUUCUGUUUGAUGGACUCCUCCAUUGCCAUGCUCGGCAUUAUUAUCGGUUCAUUGUGAAAGAAGCUCCAUACACGAGGCUCUGCAGCACAAAGAACAUCUUAACUGUGAACGGAGAAUUUCCAGGCCCAACUAUACGACUUUAUGCUGGAGAAACAAUCACAGUCGAUGUUUAUAACAAGGCCAAAGAUAAUAUCACCAUUCACUGGCAUGGAGUCAAAAUGCCAAGGUACCCAUGGACAGAUGGUCCUGAAUAUAUCACACAGUGCCCAAUUCAACCGGGUUCAAAAUUUACCCAAAAGCUCAUACUUACAACGGAGGAAGGGACGUUAUGGUGGCAUGCUCACAGUGAAUGGUCACGAGCCACUGUGUAUGGUGCUAUCAUUGCCUAUCCCAAGCCCGGAACCAGCUAUCCUUAUCCAAAACCUCAUGCAGAAGUGCCCAUCAUAUUAGGAGAGUGGUGGAAGCAAGAUAUAACGGCUGUUUAUGAGGGAUUUCUUGCAACAGGAGGAGACCCUAAUGUCUCUGAUGCCUUCACUAUCAAUGGUCAGCCUGGUGACCUCUAUCCAUGUUCAAAACCAGACACAAUCAAGCUAUAUGUGGAUCAUGGAAAGACGUAUCUACUCCGCAUGGUCAACGCUGCACUGAAUGACAUUCUCUUUUUCGGCAUUUCUGGACAUCAGAUAACGGUGGUUGGAGCAGAUGGUAGCUACACUAAGCCAUUGACAAGAGAUUUCGUUGUAAUAGGCUCUGGAAAUACCCUUGAUGUCUUGUUCCAUGCCAACCAAAAGCCCAGCAAGUAUUACAUGGCCGCUCGAGCUUACUCCACUGCUUCUCCGGUCCCUUUUGAUAACACAACCACAACAGCUAUUGUCCAGUACAAUGGAAACUACUCUUCAUCUUCAUCUCCUUCCUUGCCUUAUCUUCCCAAUUAUAAUGACACAAAUGCAUCAUUUAACUUCAGUGCUAGUGUUAGAAGCUUAGCAAGUGAGGAAUACCCAAUAAGUGUUCCUUUACAUGUUACUACUCAAAUAAUUUCCACUGUUUCCGUGAACACGUUUCCAUGUGGCUUUAACGAAACAUGCCUCGGGACGAACGGGACUCGAUUCAGUGCAAGCAUGAAUAACAUAAGCUUUCUACUCCCCUCGAUUGACAUACUCCAGGCUUACUAUGGUCAUCUCAAGGGGGUGUUUGGGGGCAGUUUUCCAAAAUUUCCACCAUUUAUAUUCAAUUUUACAGCGCAGUAUCUGCCAAUGAUUCUAGAGAUACCGAAAGUGGGGACAGAGGUGUAUUUCCUGGAUUAUAACUCCACAGUGGAGUUUGUUCUGCAAGGAACAAAUCUGGUUUCAGGUAUAGAUCACCCAAUGCAUCUACAUGGAUACAGCUUUUAUGUUGUUGGACUGGGCCUGGGGAAUUUCGACCCCAAGAAGGACCCUCUGCAGUAUAAUCUAAUUGACCCUCCUUUUCUGAACACUGUCACUGUCCCUAAGAAUGGCUGGGCUGCCAUCAGAUUCCAGGCAAACAACCCAGGAGUCUGGUUCAUGCACUGCCACUUAGAGCGUCACCUUACGUGGGGUAUGGAAAUGGUGUUCAUAGUAAAAGAUGGCCACAGACCAGAGGACCGUCUACUUCCUCCACCGCCAGACAUGCCUCCGUGUUAAAACUGCCGUUAAUUUUCCCCAUACUUUCUUCGC